UGCUCACAGACAGCAUCCAUAAGGCAGCCUUCCCUGUUGCACAGAAUAAUUAUGCCAAGUCCAUGCACGGGGUCUUGAGCUGGGCCAGCUGAUCCAGGUCCAAAUGAGAAUGCAUGCUGUUGAGUCUGAGCCAGUGUCCUGGCAAAUGCCGAGCAGAUCUCCAUCUGAAGCAGAUGUCAGAGCAGAGCAUUGACCAUCCGGCAUGCAGUCUAAACCUCUCCUGGCCGUGCUCUGGGGAACCCACGCACAGGCUUGCAACAGUGUUGGCAAAGACGUACCAGGAAAAUGGAGGGAAGUACACACGGCAUUCAUGAUUGUGACCAGACUUGGCAUGAGAGGUCCACAGUCACUGGUUUUGCCUGUAAUCAUGUCUCUAGAUGGAUAGAUAGAUAGAUAGAGAGAGAUUGAUAGAGAGAGAGAGAGAGAGAGAGAGAGAGAGAGAGAGAGAGAGAGAGAGAGAGAGAGAGAGAGAGCACCCCUCCCAAGCAAUAGUUGCUGCAAUGUGUACAUGUACUGUUGGAUUUGAAUAUAGCAACCUCUUCUGGCCAUUGCAGGCUGGGCAAAGCCUUUGCUUUCGGUCAAAGUCGACGACCUUGCUGCUUGUCUUCUCCUCAGUUAGACUCUAAAAGUGUGUCCUCCAGAGAACACAACUGUAACCCAUUAUUCCAAUAAUUGGCCUGCUGAGCAGUUGUUUGGUCUUCACAACAUUCACAUGACUGUGUUAUCCAGGCUGCACGGUGGACUCCCCGCCACAGAUGACGAGGUUCACGCGCGAGUCCUCAGGCAGCAACAGCAGCAACGACAGUGGCCAUGCAAGCAGCCAGGAGGCAGACUACGUCGGUGCCGCCGCUAGAAAAGAAAACAAGGCCGGCAACGGUGUGUUGACACCACCACCGCGGCCUCCGGUGCAGUUCUGCGACGACGACGACUCCGAUAUGGACACCGUUGGCAGCACGGAGAGCCUGGAGAGUGCAUUGGAGUAUGACCGGCGUAUUCGUGACAUCUUCGAGCUUCUUGACAUUGACAUCGAGUCUCUUGGGGAGCAGACUGAAUCCCACCCCAUGGCUGCGCCAAGCAAGACCUUGGCAAGAGACCUGUUUGCACAGGCCUGCUCGCUGGAGAAUAUCACGCCAGCCACUCUGAUCCCGGCGCUUCAGUAUGCUCCGUACAGCGCGUCGCUGGAGGCGGAGAAUCGCCAUCGCAACCCGCUGCUGCAAGAGGCCUAUCUGAUCCGCACCGGCCAGGUCCAUUUGAUCGUAAGCUUAGAUGAGGUAUGGCAGGGUUUGUUGAGGGCAGGUGCAUGCAAUAGCGAGCACCAGGCGCUGCGUCUUGUUGACAGGCUAUUCAGCGUCCAGAACCAGCUCCGUUUGAAUGCUGAAGUUGUCCUGGAAAACAGAAGAACCUCGAUCCAGACUGACCUCGAACUGCCUCCCUACUGCUUCGCGCUUCUCUACGACGAGGAGCUGAAAGCGUCUUCGCCACCAGUAUCUGACUCGCAUGCUUGGCCAAACGGGGAAACCACGAUGGACAAAAACGGUGGGGAUGCAAUGGAUGCCGGGCAUGAAGACUCUGGGCAAGCAGCUACAAGUGGGUCUGACGAAUGCACCAGAUGUCAGAUAAAGGAAAGCGGAAAAGGUGAAGCUCAACACCCCAAGGCUACGCUAGUUAGAGAAGUGGCUCAGAUCAUGAUGAACGGUAUACGAGGUGUUCUGCCGUCCCCCAUACCCAACACUGCCCACGCAGCCAGUGGUGCUGGAUCACCGCAGACUAGCAGGGCUCGCCUUGGCGGCCUUGCAACAAUCGACGAGCUACCGGCAGCAGACAACGAGGGUGAUUCCUGCCCCAAUGCAAUGCAACGCCCGUCAUGCCAAAUCACUGUCCAGCGGAAAGUCUCCGCAUGGUCUGCACAGCCCAGCAUCGACGUGAGCAAGCCAAAGGCCAAGCGCCUAUGGAGCACAUGCAACCAGCCCAACGUCCGUCGGGCAAGGGCCUCCUCGUGGCAUGUCGUCAAGCAAGCGAGCGGUGAACCUGUGCUCUCUCAGCCGGGCCUGUCCACGGCACAGCGCCACCAGGCAAAGUCGGGCCAGGUGAUGUUCAACAUGCCCACCCAGUACGCUGAAGACAAACUGUCACUACGUUACACGGAGCAUACAGGGGUGAAGCUGACAGUGCAGUUGCUGAGUUUCUCGGGAGACAGCGGCGCAGUGAAGGUGUCGAUUGUCAACCGCCGGACUAGCGGCAGUGCCUUCUUCUGCCUGCGCUUCUUCGCACACCAUUGGCCCAUGCACGUGCAAAUCGUCUUCCCGCUUAUGUCCGGUGUGGAGGAGCUGAGAGCCGAAGAGCACUGGGAGAAACGCGUGGAAGUGCACGGCGUGGAGGAAGACAGCUGGUGUUCGUUUGAGCUGUUCUCGGCUGCGUCGCGGCCCGAACCGGUCUGGGGCAUGCAGCGCGUCUCUGUGAAGAUGACCAUGACAAAAUCAUGCCUGCAAUCGGUGGACAAGGAUGAUGCCAUCUCAGCCCUGGUUUGUGCCAUAUUCUCGGCGGUGCAUGCCGAUUUCACCACGGCAACACACCGGGAAGUCGAGCGCAUGGUGUUCGGCUCGUUCCGCCUGGAGGUGUUCCAGCGGCCGUCGCUUCAGGCAUUCCUGUGCGCCGUGCUGGCUGUGGUGCAGACACGACGUGGAGAUCCACGCGGCUCGCUUGUUCUCUGCACGAACGUCUACAAACUGCGACAGAUGGUCACAUCCAGUGCACACGAGCCCAAUGUCUGGGCGCUGGUUGAUGUCCUGAUGUCCAGCGUCGAGAAGGCUGAGCAUGCUUCUCCGCCACCCUCUCCACCGGCACACGGUGCACCGGUCAACGAGAACACGGGAACAGCGACGGCAGAGUAUUUAUCUGAGCCGGAAAAGCAGUAUUCCUGUCAGGAUGAAUCAAACUCACCAGCCACCCAAGCAGAGAAGAUCCUGGACCUUGAGAGUAUGUACAGUGCAGAAGAGCAGACGAUCAAAGCCACGGUUCUCGGUGGAGUGGCCACGUUCGGAGAGGAAGAUCAACUGACGGUUCACCUGGUGGUGGAAUCUCAAGCGUGCCAGGCCUUCAACGUCUCAGUAAUGGUCUACGACCAAAACGAUCUAGCGCUGAGGUUCGCCGCUAUCGGUAUAAGCAGCAUUGGACGGCCGCUUCUUCUGGCAGAGCUGCGUAUCCUCGAGGACAAUGCUCAGGCAUGUCAACUGCAGAGCAUGACAAUCAACGGGAAGAUUCCGUCGAGCGUGUGCGACGCGACCGACCGCGCGCGCCUCGGGCUGAAGCCCAGGCUGAUGGUGUUCCGUGAAUCGGCCGCUCAGUGGGUGGAUGUCAGUAACAGAGUACAGCAUGCCGUGAAAAUCCGAAAGAACAACACCUUCUCCAUCACCUGUCCAUUCUACCCGCGUAUUGCGCUAAUGCUGGUGUCCUCGUUCAUCGAGUCGCUCUCCUACUCUCUCCUGGAUGCACUGACGGUUCCGCUGGCUAUAGGCAAUGCUCAGCCGCCGGUUCUGUUCCGUGUGUACAUGAAUCUGGAUCGGCUCUGCCACGGCCUUCACCGGAUGCUGUUAACGUGCGAAGAUGCACAAGCUAAGCCACAAGAUGGUCUUGCAGGAGAGAGCAUGGCUGUUCAGUUGCCAAGAGGUACGCUAGUACGGUUCUAUGCCAACGGGAACAUUGCGCCGUGCAGCGAAUUCGGUGAAGAAGACCUGUCCACCACGGCCGUACGUUUUCCAGGCAAGCAACAAGAAGAUGAAGAGCAACGCAAGACAUGCUACAUGACAAGAGAGAAGUGGGUUGUGGUGGUGGUGAGGCAGGGUGAGGAGCAGCCCUGUCCGAUCCGAGGACGUGUGCUCGUUCAUGCCGGUGAAGCCGAAAGGUCAGGUGCACUGCUGGCUGACUUUGCAAUCUCAUGGCCGAGACUUGGCUAAUGCUCUUCUUCUGUACUAGCCCCCCCCCCCCCCCUCCCAGCUAUACUGGAUAGCUACACAUGGAUUGCUUACUGUCCUUUGUCUGCCAUGUAUUCCUCCUUCCUGUCUCUCAUGGCAAAUACUCCACGCCUCUGACCUCGUAUGUUUUAGGGAACUUCCUUUUAGAGGCAUGCAUUUGCCCGGUUUGGAGAAUCCUUGAAAUGUCAAAGCCAAUAUCAACACAAAUUCCGUACGGUUAGUUAGGGAGCAGUGAUAUAGAUUAACUUAAAGCCGUAUUAUCUACUCCAUUAUCUCUAUCACGGCCUCCAAGCUCAGCAUUUGUGACAUAUUUAUGAUCGGUUGGGUAGAGCAUAAUGCAUCUAUUGAAUCCAUUUCACGUGUAUUUUGACCAGUUCAAAUGCUUGCAAUGCAAGAAAUACAUCUCUUUACAAAGUAAACAGUGCACCUCUUGCUAUCUGUGUUUUCGCACUGCCACCUGGACACCAGUGCUCUGUCCUGACUGUACUCUCUCCACAACAUACACAGCACCACAAGUAGCUAGAAGAAUUUCAAAUCCUUCCGCCAUUCUUUUUAAGCCACAUGAAUCGAACAUGCUCCACAUGCUUGUCUUUGAACGAAUGCAACGCCAUGCAUUCGUAUGAAUUUUCUUUUCUGCUCCUUCACUAUCUAGCAUAGUACAAUAUCUUGAUUGCACUGACCAAUAAUUCUUCUGAAGGUAUCAGGUUUUUUUUA